UUUCGGUCGAGGAACGUCACUUGCGUCUGUAAGGUGUUCCGAAGCCAGGGAAGGGAUGACUGGCCAGACGGAGGCUGAUAUACCUGAAACGGGAGCAGUCUUCACCUUUGGGAAGAGCAAGUUUGCUGAUAAUGUGCCCAGUAAAUUCUGGCUGAAGAAUGACCAUCCAGAGGAAAUCUCAUGUGGGGGGGAUCACACUGCUGUCAUAACAGGCCAUGGCAGGCUGUUCAUGUUUGGAAGUAAUACCUGGGGUCAGCUAGGACUGGGGUCAGAGAUCAAUGUCAACAUCAACAAGCCCACCGCUGUGAAAGCGUUGAAGUCUGAAAAAGUUAAGUUUGCAUCAUGUGGGAGAGACCACACAAUAGUGUGCACAUGGAGUGGGCGUGUUUAUGGUGCUGGCAGUAACCAGGAGGGGCAGCUUGGUUUGGGACACUGUGAUGACACAAACACCUUCCACCUGCUUCAUCCUUUCUCUGACCAUGCACCAAUCAAAAUGCUUGCUGCUGGCUGCAACACCUCAGCUGCCCUGACAGAGGACGGCAGACUGUUCAUGUGGGGUGAUAACUCUGUGGGCCAGAUCGGUCUGGGCACAGAGAGCUACAUCUCAGAGCCCAGAGAUGUGAUGGUGGGACAGCCAGUGGCCUGGGUGUCUUGUGGAUACCACCACUCAGCGUUUGUCACAGUGGAUGGGGACCUCUACACGUUUGGGGAGAGUGGGAGCGGAAGACUGGGUGUAUUCCCAGACCAGUUAGCCAAUCACAGAGUCCCUCAGCGUGUGGAAAGCAUCCAGGACCCGGUCAUCCAAGUGUCCUGUGGAGGGGAGCACACAGUGGCACUCACAAAGGACAAUGUGUACGCAUUUGGGCGAGGGCAGUAUGGGCAGCUAGGCCAUGGGACCUUCCUGUUUGAGGUACCUUUGCCAAAAGCACUGGACCACUUCCGGAAUGGCAGAGUCAGCCACGUAACCUGUGGAGAGAACCACACUGCAGUGAUCACAGACAGUGGGAUUCUAUACACCUUUGGGGACGGUCGCCAGGGUAAACUAGGACUGGGGGAAGAGAACUUCACCAACCAGUUCAGACCAACACUGUGCCCACGCUUCCUCAAAUACAGUGUCCAGUCAGUAAGUCAAGUAGUGUCUGUGUCUAUGUUCGUGCACCUGCUAAUACUGUGUAUGUGUGUUCAGGUGGCAUGUGGCGGCUCUCACAUGCUGGUGCUGGCUAUGCCCAGACUCCCAGAGGUUGAGGAAGUGGUGAUAGAGGAGGAUGAUGUUACAGAGAGCAUUCUGGAGUCUCUGGAGACCUACACCGAGCUGCUCCUGAUGGACCCCUCCUUCUUGAUGCCCAACCCACAGACCACACCUCCUCUCUGGACCCCGUCUGCUAGGGCCCGCCGCAGGGAGAGGGAGAGUUCUCCAGAGCAGUUUGGCCAGAUGUUCCGUAACCUUCCGCCUCUGAUGUCAGGCUUCCUCAAUGCCUCCCUGCCCCUGUCCACAAAUAUCCGCAUCUCCAGAACACCAUCUGAAGACCCCUGCACCUCCUCACUGUCCUCCAAUCCCUCCUCAAACGACCCCCUCAGCCCCUCACUCUCCCUUAAAUACAGGUCCAAAACCCCAUUAACACCGUCACCCAAGUUCAUAUUCCCAGACCCUCCUAGCCCUUCACUCUCCUCCAAGUUCUCACGUAAGAAGAGGCCCAGCCCAUCAAAAUUCCCCAAAUAUGCAUCUAAAGAACACCUCACCCCCCCACAGUCCUUUAAAUCCACACAUAAACUCAUCCCCACCCCCCCAGUGUCCCUUAAACCCUCCUCUGUAAAGCCCACAGAUGACAACCAAUCCCCCAAAACGCUGUCUGAGGGUCCCACCACACCACAGACAGAGAGGACCAAGGACACUUUGAUAGAAGCAACUGACAGCCGGAUGCUCAUUGAGAAUUUGGAGAAGAACAUGGAUGAAGAAGACAAUAAAGACAUGUUGCCAGACCUGGCAUUACCAUCAGGAGGAGAUUUUGGCGAUGAGACUGGGACUACAUCUGCAGAACAGAAGGAUAAGGGACAUAAAAAGGGUCGGGCUCUGAGGAGAGCUGUUAAGGAGGCAGAAAUGGAGGUUGAACAAGCCCCGGCCAACAGGAAGCCGCAACUACUUUCCCAUAAGGCCCUUCCCACCGAGCUUCUGAGAGGCUCCAGCUUGAGUUCAUUAAAGGCAGAGGGCACACCCCCAAAGAGCCCCAAAUGCUUAAUGAACCCUCAGACCCCAGCCAGCGGCAAGGAAAACAUUGCCUUGACAGCAGAAAAUUCUAGCUUCAAAGUGAACACCAGUAAACUGACAGGUAGUAAUCUGCAAAUCACAGGUAAAGCAGGGUCUAAACCAAUUUCACCAGCAAAGAAACAAAGCAAGUUAUCCGUAUCGAAACCUAGCACUCCUACACACAGCCAGAUCCAGAUAUCUGUGUCUAAACCCAGCACUCCAAAACAUGGUCAAAACAAACCGUCUGAAUCUAAACCCAGCACUCCAAAACAUGGUCAAAACAAACUGUCUGAAUCUAAACCCAGCACUCCAAAACAUGGUCAAAACAAACUGUCUGAAUCUAAACCCAGCACUCCAAAACAUGGUCAAAACAAACUGUCUGAAUCUAAACCCAGCACUCCAAAACAUGGUCAAAGUAAUCUGUCUGAGAUGAAUAAAGGUACAGAGAUGAAAGGUAAAGGCCCUGUAAAAGUUCAAGUUAAAGAGGCUUUCAAAGACAAGACCUCUAAAAUUGCAGAGGAAGAUACUAAAGCAAUUGAAGUUCAAAAUAAACCACUUCAAGAGAUCAUGUCCCCUCCAGUCAAAUUUAAAGGUAAACCCGUGGAAAAGGAAACAACUCCAAUUAAGGCUACUGCUGAAACCAUUCCUUUGAAAGUAAAGAGCAUUCCCAAGAAGAUUGUAGAUGAUAACAAACCAUCUGAAUGUAAAGGCACUCCAAUAAAAGGAAGAAAUAAGGCAAAAGAGGUGAAUGAAGAGAAAAUGGAAGAGUCUAUUACUUUCAACGAGUCAGGGACAACAGUGGGGAACAAAAUGGCAGUUAAAGAUAAAGGCAAAGAAAAAGAAAGUGCACCCACCAAAACAAAAAAUGUGCCCAAACCAAAAGAUGUUGAAGCAAAACUAACUGAGUUAGAAGGAGCCCCAGUGAAACUGAAAAGCAAGCCGACAGAGGUUUCCAGCCAAGCAGUCUUAGUAGAACCUACCUCAAAGGCCAAAUCACCAGUCACAUCACUCUCAUUAUCAGAUGCACUACCUCAAAAUGCUGGAGAUAAGAAGUCAACAAAGUCACUGGUUGUCUGUCAGGUCAGGGAUAGAGUGGAGGUCCCAGGGGAAGAUGCCUUUGAUGAAUCCCAGGAGGGGAAGCCUAGCUGGGGAGGAUUUCUCAGCGAUGCAGCCUCUCUCCUUCCAGAUGUGGGGAUGGCGGGGACAGCCAUGGGGGUCCUGAGUGAGGCGGUGACGAGCGUGAGGGGGAUUCAGUCGGAGAGUGACACAGACACUUCUAUCCCUCCUCGGCGGUCCAGCCGGGUAGAGAGGUUCACCAAACAGAGCGCCAUCACCCAGCCUUCCUCCACAUCACCCUCUUCUUCAACAUCAGAUCCAAGCACAGCUGAGCAAAGCAAGAGGACUGACGCCCGCAUCGGCACCCUCAGGAAUUCUGAUCAGGAAGUGGGGAGAAGGAUUAUUGAGAAGGACCCAGAAACCACAGAGGCUGCUAGCGAGAGGUCAGGAGGUCAGGCCAAGAUCAAUUAUGAUGAGAACUCUAGUAGUCAAAGUUUGGGAACUGAGGAUGAUGAAGAUAAAGAGUCCACAAAGAGACAUGGAGAUGGGACAGAAAUGGAGAGCACCAAACAAGAGGAAAAAGAGGCUUACAGAAGUGUUAAGGGUCUGGAAGAUGACAGUGAUACUGUGGCCAGCGGAGAGGGAGAGGAGGGUAGAGAAGAAAAGAGUGAAGACAGCAAGGGCGCGGAAGAAGAAAAGAGUGAAGAGAGCGAGGGCGCAGAGGCAGAAGAAAAGAGUGAAGAGAGCGAGGGCGCAGAGGCAGAAGAAAAGAGUGAAGAGAGCGAGGGCGCAGAGGCAGAAGAAAAGAGUGAAGAGAGCGAGGGCGCAGAGGCAGAAGAAAAGAGUGAAGACAGUGAGGGCGCGGAAGAAGAAAAGAGUGAAGACAGCGAGGGCGCGGAAGAAGAAAAGAGUGAAGACAGCGAGGGCGCGGAAGAAGAAAAGAGUGAAGACAGUGAGGGCGCGGAAGAAGAAAAGAGUGAAGAGAGCGAGGCUGCAGAGGCAGAAGAAAAGAGUGAAGAGAGCGAGGGCGCAGAGGCAGAAGAAAAGAGUGAAGAGGAUGCGGAGGCGGAAGAAGAAGAAGAAACGAGCGAUAGUGUGGGGACAGGAGAGGGGGAGGAUGAAGACGAGAGGUAUGAGAGUGAGGGGACAGGAGAGUGGGAACAGGGAGAGAAGAGUGAUAGUGAUGUGACUAUAAAGGGGGAGGAGGAAGAAGAGAAAAGUGAUGAGGGUGCACUACAGGGGGAGGAGAAAGAAGAGAAGAGUGAUAGUGAGGGGACAAGUGAUGGGGAGGAGAGCAAAGAGAGUGAUUCUGAGGCAAGCCUAGAGGAGGAGGGAGAGGAGACGAGUGCACAGAGUGAGGGGGAAGGAGAAGAGGGCGAAAGUGGUUCUGGGACAAGUGGAGAGGAGGAGAUGAGUGAAGAAGAGUCCAGUGAUGAAGAGAGUGGGGAUAAAGAGGAAGAGGAGAGCAAUUCGAGUGAGUAUGAAAACGAGGAGAGUGGCGAUGAAUCAGGAAGUGAGGCAGAGAGCAAGAGUGAGGUAUCAGCAGAAGAGAAAGAAGAUAAACAAGCAGAAAGUAAAGCCACUGAGUCAGCAGAGGAGGAAGGAGAGAACCAAGAAGAUGAAGAGAGUGGAGCAGAGGAGGAAGAGAGUGGAGCAGAGGAGUUAGGAGAGAACCAAGAAGAUGAAGAGAGUGGAGCAGAGGAGGAAGGAGAGAACCAAGAAGAUGAAGAGAGUGGAGCAGAGGAGGAAGGAGAGAACCAAGAAGAUGAAGAGAGUGGAGCAGGGGUGGAAGGAGAGAACCAAGAAGACGUAGGGAGUGAAGCAGAGGAGGAAGGAGAGAACCAAGAAGAUGAAGAGAGUGGAGCAGAGGAUGAAGGAGAGAACCAAGAAGAGGAAGAGAGUGGAGCAGAGGAGGAAGAAGGAGAGAACCAAGAAGAGGAAGAGAGUGGAGCAGAGGAGGAAGAAGAAGAGAACCAAGAAGAGGAAGAGAGUGGAGCAGAGGAGGAAGGAGAGAACCAAGAAGAGGAAGAGAGUGGAGCAGAGGAGGAAGGAGAGGGAGAGGAUAAGGAAGGUAGUGAAAGUAAAGAAAAUGAGGAGGAGGAGGAGGAGGCAGGCGUAAGUGAGGAGGAGGGGGAGGAAGAAGAAAGUGGAGAAGGUGAGGGUGAUGCAGGAGAGGGGGAAGCAGUUGAGGGUGAGGAUGAAAAGGAAGGUGAAAAGGAUGAGAACAACGAAGUUGAAGAGGGUGAGGAGGGACGAGAAGAUGAUGAGAAAGAAGCCAGGGGAGAGGAAGAGGUUGAAGGUGGAAAAGGUGAGGAAGAGGAGGAGGAGGAAGAAGAGGGAGACAAAGAAGCAGAAGGAGAAAAGGAAGGAGAGGAAGAGGGAGAGGAGGAAGAAGAAAGACAGCAAGGAGAGGGGGAGGAUGAAGGAAAGGAAGAGGGUGAAGGGGAGGAGGAAGAAGAAGAGGAAAUAAAAAAUAGAGAAGAUCAAGGAGAAGGAAAGGAUGAGGAUAUGAAAGAAAGAGAAGAGAAUAAUGAGGAGAAAGGAGAGGAUGAGAGUGAAAAGGGGGAUGGUGAAAAACAGGAAGAGGAGAAAGAGGGAAGAGGAGUGCAUGAAGAGAGAGAUGAGGAAGCAAAUAAACCAAAAGAGGAAAGGGAGUGGCAAGAGGAGGAAGAUGAGGAAGUGAAGGGAAAAAACGGGGAGGGGGAGGAGAAGGGGGCAGGUAAAAAAGAAGGGAAAGAAAAUAAGACAAGUGAUGGGGAGGUAGAACAAGAGGAGGAAGAAGAGGGCGCGUGUGAACAGAAAGGGGAGAUGAAUGAGAAGGGAGCGGUAGAGGAGGAAGGAGAAGAAGAGGAAGAGGAAGAGGAGAAAGAUAGUAAAGGAGAGGAAGAAGAAGAGGGAGAGGAAGAAGAGGGAGAUGAAGAAGAAGACGGGGAGGAAGAAGAAGAGAGAAAAUCACAGAAAGGGAUAAAGAAAGGGUCACAGAGCGUACCACCUAAAGCAGCUCCCCCCAGCAGGAAAGGGAAGGAAGAGCCCCCAAUGGAGAAACCCAAACCACCGGCCCGCACCAAGCUGAGGACCACAUGGGGAAAACAGGCCAAUGGAACCCAAGAAUCCCAACAGUUCUGGAACAAUGUCUUACCCCAGUACCUGGAGCUGAAGUGAAAUAUACUGGACAUCAAUGGAUUCCAAUUUUAUUUGGGUCAGAACCCAUAACCUGACUGUUAAUAACAGCUGGAAUGGGUCUGGACCUCAGAAAACUAAGCCAGGUGCUCAAUAUACAGCACGACCCUACGUAAACUCCUUGAAUUUAAUCAAUAUCUGCAUACAAUUUACACAAUAUGCCCACUGUACUGUAAGGUACUGAACUGAGUGUAGUCAUGCAUUAUACUGUACUGAAUUGUAAUAUACAGAUAUUUGUAUUAAAUAAAGAGAAAUUGAGAAUUUCACAGGA